AUGCAGCAACUAUUUCAAGGUGAUAUUCAACGAAAAGGUUGGGAUUAUUCGCGAACAGGUCAGUCACUGAGAGUUCUUCCUACAAUUCCCACACUUUGCGAUUUUGAACGCGCAAAGCUAAGUCAGAGAUUUUCGAAGCAUCUCCUCCUAACAAACACCGCUAUUAGCUUCACUCAAAUUGGUACUGCUGACGUCAUGCAGCAACUAUUUCAAGGUGAUAUUCAACGAAAAGGUUGGGAUUAUUCGCGAACAGGUCAGUCACUGAGAGUUCUUCUUACAAUUCCCACACUUUGCGAUUUUGAGCGCGCAGUUGAAUCGCAGCGACAAACUCGCAUGGCAGCCAUUGGAUUUGUGAUGGGACCAAUGCUACACGGUUUCUACCGCGUUCUGGACUCGAGGCCAUUUACUGGUGGGCGGCGAAAAGUCGUGAUGAAGAAACUAUGCUGCGAUGCAAUUUGUAUGCCGAUAUUUUCGUGCACGUUUAUGACA